UUUUGAGCCCCGUCACAACCGCUAAGUCUCACCUCUUGAUUAUACUACCAACUAUGGCUUCUUUUGACAUCCCAAGAGAACAAUGGGCUCAAGUAGUCGAAAGGUCUUGUGGGCUAGUUUAUGAGAAAAUCCCCGUGCAAACGCCGGGCCCUGAUGAGGUUCUCGUCAACGUGAAGUACUCGGGAGUCUGCCACACCGAUCUACACGCUAUGAUGGGUGAUUGGCCACUGCAGAGGAAGAUACCACUUGUUGGUGGCCAUGAGGGCGCUGGGAUCGUGGUCGCAAAGGGUGAGCUUGUUACAGGCAUAGAGCUUGGUGACCAGGCCGGCAUCAAGUGGUUAAAUGGCUCUUGCCUACAAUGCACCUUUUGCCUGCAAGGGGACGAACCGCUCUGUCCCCAAGCUCUCUUAUCCGGUUACACUGUCGAUGGAACCUUCCAACAAUAUGCCAUCGCCAAGGCAGCGCAUGUUACCCGCAUUCCAGCCGAGUGUACCCUCGAGGACGUGGCUCCGAUCCUCUGUGCAGGCCUUACGGUCUAUAAGGGGCUCAAAGAGUCCGGUGUUCGCCCUGGGGAGUACGUCGCUGUAGUUGGCGCGGGCGGCGGCCUCGGAUGCUUUACUCUUCAGUACGCCAAGGCCAUGGGCAUCUACAGCAUCGCGGUGGAUACUGGGAGUGAUAAAGCCCAAAUAUGUAGGGAUUUAGGGACAAUGACAUUUAUCGAUUUCAAGAAGUCGGGCGAUCUUGCUGCAGAUAUUAAAGCUGCAACCCCGGACGGUUUUGGGCCCUAUGCUGUCAUUCUACUCGCACCUCACGAGGAGCCUUUCCAGCAUGCAUACACGUAUGUUCGUCCACACGGCACUGUUAUGUGUAUUGGCAUGCCAGGCAAUGCAUAUCUCAAUGCGCCAAUUUUCGACAUCGUCGUCCGCAUGGUCAACAUCAGAGGCAGUUAUAUAGGGAACCGCCAGGACGCAGCCGAGGCUAUUGAAUUCUUCCGACUUGGACUGAUUAAAGCGCCGCAUAAGCUUCUCGGUCUGAGCCAGCUCCAGAAUGUGUAUGAUAUAAUGCUAAAGGAUGAGGUUGUGGGUCGGUAUGUGGUUGAUACAAGCAAGUGAUAUU